CCAGUUCACUUGCGUACGCCGUGGAAUCAACACGCAUCAGCAAAUCCAGCGCAUCUGCCGACCUGAUCCAGUCCAGAUCCCUUAAAAGCCACCAACGAAAGCGAAAUCUCAACUGAGCGCCAUGGAGUUCAACAAUCGCCUGUUGCUGAAAAUCAUCGAGCUGGCCAUCGCCAUCGCAUGUAUUGUGCUGUACGAGACGGUUGGCAACUUGUCCUCCCAUGCGGUGAUUGUGGCCGGCACCAUUGGUGGCUACACGGUCAUCUGCGGCGUCCUCUUGGUUGGCCAUGUGAUCAACUCGCUGGUGGAGAAGCGCCUGAACGCCCUGUUCUCGCUGAUCGGCUGCCUGCUGUUCGUGGCCUCCGGAGCUAUGGUGAUCGAUGAGUGGCAUGGUGGUGUCAAUAUCAUAACAACGGACAGGAAGCGCCAGGCCAUCGGAGCCGGUUCCCUGAUGAUCAUCAAUGCGGCCGUCUUCCUUCUGGACACCCUCUGCAUCUGCCGGACGUAAAGAUUCCGUUCCGUCGUAUAUGUACUCCAUAUAUACAUACAUUUUUUUUUUUGCAAAUCGAAUAACUCGUGUUGUUAAAACAUAAUGAAAGAAGAAUCUAUUGUAAAUGUUAACGUAUAUAUAUGUUUUCUUUUGCUGUGCGUACAACAGUUUUAUAUGUAUUUAUACGUGUCUUAAGCUAAUCUCAGAUAUGCGCACGCAGAUUAUUUACAGGAAUCCAUUAAAUAUAUACACAUACACAACAUAUA